AGAAAAUAACAACUCUGUUGCAGAGAACGUCUUUAACUUCUAAAGCUUGGAAAUGAUACUGCUGAGCUACACCAUAGUGUUUCUGCUGUGUUUGGGCUGUCCUACAUGUAAAGCUUCUGCAGGAGCAGCCUGUGAAGACCCCCCUCUUGUUGACUUUGGAGAAAUUGUUAGUGGGCAUAAAUCAGGAUAUAAGGAAAAUGACAGAGUGCAGUACAUGUGCAACCCUGGAUACACUUUAUCAGGUUCAGAAUUGGUAACAUGCCAUGAAAAAAUCUGGGUGCCUGGACCACCACAAUGUUUGGCACCAUGUACCAUUACAAAACAGCAGCUGGAAGCUCAAAACCUACUUCUCCCCAAUGGACAAAGACGCACAUUUUUGAUUCAAAGUGGUCAGUGGCAAAAAUUUAAAUGCGUGACAGGAUUUAAACUCUCAGACUCUUCUAUCAAGCAGUGUUUUAAUGGGCAUAUCAAGUUUCCUUCCUGUAUCACUGGUAAAUAUGCACCAUACCUGAAUUAUUUUGAUCUAUCAAAUACGCCUUGUGUGUAA